UGUUUUACAAUCCUUUCGAAGCCAUUUUGGAAGCACAGAUAACGCUGCACGUGUUUACGAACAAAUGUUUGCACAUGACGAGGUGGGCGCGUACUCAGUUCUGUCGCGCCCUGUCUGUCACACGCAUAGUACGUACAUGCGGAUGUAUGCGUUUAUGUGCCCCUUUUCCCCGCUUGGAAUGUGCUAAUGUGGCGGUGAUAUUUCCCGGCACCGCAGCGAUUUUGUUUUGCCAUCACAUGGUUCUCGUUUCGCUGCAUAUUGCGCCAUUUUACCCCACAUCGCCCCAUUUUGGCGCCGCUUUGGCGCCACUUUUGCCAAUAUGAAGAAGCAAAAAAUUUCCGUUUUUCUUUUUUCUCGCCCAUGUUUUUUCCGCACGGAAUUUUGUCCCUCUUUAAAGUGUAGCGAAGGAGACGGUCCGCGCCGCUACCGCUGCCGUUGCCGCUUCCCCUACCCAGAUAGACGCGCUUCAACAGUACAGACGUACAUGCCCGUUCAUAUGGAUCGCCUUACAAUCGCGGCCGCACAUGUAUAAACCCUCCAAACGUCGCAGCUAGCGUGGCCAAGGAUGAAUACGGGGAUUAAGGCAAAAAAGGGGUACGAAAGCAGGCGAAAUGAUAUGAGCGAUUUAGACAAAAUAAGAAGCAAGUUGGAGGCACUGAAAAGCAAAACAGAAGUGAAGACAGACGAAAGGAUAGAAAUUGCCAAAAAAAAUGACCCGUUUAACGAUCUUAAAGUGCACAUUUUAAAUGUCCUAGAUGAGACCAGAAAAUGCAUAAGGGAAAAGGAGAGCUUACAAAACGUCCAUGGAAAUAACAUCGAGGUGAUAAAAAGGGGAAACAUCAUUUACAACAAUAUGAAAAAUUUAGAUACCUACUUUUUAAAGUUAGAAGAAAUACUAAAAAAACAGGAGAAGAAAAAAUAUGCCUACAGUAGGGAGGAAUUAUUUGAUAAAAAUGAAACCUUCGAGCUGUUGAAGAGGCAGAUUUAUGAAUGCAAAAAGUUGAGCAAUUAUGAGCACAUUAAGGACACUUGCGUGAUGGACUUCUCCGAUUUUAAGAAUAAGCAGCAGGUGGAGAGAAAACAAACGAGGAACAACAGUGGCGAAGAAGACGACAUGGUCAUAAUAAACAGGUGGAAAGAAAGAGAUAAAAUAUUUAACGAGGAAAUUUUGAAAAUCGGAGAAGUGAUCGAUCGAAUAGGAGCCAACGCCGUUUUUAUAACAAACAAGGCGGAGGAACAAAAUGAAAUAAUCAUAGAUUUACAGGACCACACUGAUAAGACGCAAAAUAAUGUGAAAGAAGUUAAUGUGGAAAUUAAGAAGGUGAUGAAAAAGCAUUCGCAGACGACCUGGUGUUGCAGAAUUUCCCUCGUCAUUAUUUUGAUUAUAUUGGUGAUGAUAACGUCGAAUGUUAUUUCGAAUAAAUUCAUCAAAAGUUUGUGA